AUGGAUAACAAACAAACGUCGCAAUCGAUCCGCUAUCCUGAGCACCCUCAUACGAGCUCAGAUUGGAAAUUCAUGACCACUCACGAUGUUGGACACGGACUGGACUUAUCGCUAGCUAGCUUGGCUUUUGGGACUAGCGAAAGCGCCAAAAACAUGAUCGGCGCUAGCACUGCAAUGUCCUACAACAGUGGUACAGUGGGUCAGGAGCCCAAUUUCAUUGGUGCAAAAGCAUCUCUAAAGCCUUUGCUCAAGGGCUCUAGUGGAGGCGGCAAUUAUUGUUGGAACACUGAACAGCCGGAUGUGAAAAUGGGUCAUGGCAAUACCACGGGCACACUAACUACAAACAGUGUUAUGGAUACCUCUUUGAAUACCGUAAGCUCAGACUAUAACACGACAUGUGGGUUGUCCGGGAACUUGGAAACAUACAAUUCCAUGCAGCUAGAAUUGCAGCUAAAAGAAACUCAAAUAGAAUCCCUGGAGUCAGAAAUCCAGACAUUCAAGCAGCUAUUCAAUCAGGGCUUUUCCCUUAAACAAGAACACGAUGAGCAUGUGCUGUCUGGGCCGCUUGAAAGUUUUCCAACGGAAAUUCCCGCCAGUCUGGAUGCUAUUUUUCACACUCUGUCGCGAACUUUGACCUCUAAGGAAAAGGAGCUUGAAGAAACCAAAUUGAGGCUUGAAAGUCUCAUAACCGCCAUUGCUCUUAACCCGUCGAAUGCUGUCACAAAAAUGGGGAGGUACGAUGAAGAAGCUCUUGCUCAUAAGAUGGUGAAUCGGCUGGAAAUGUUAACGAAAGAAAACAAAGAAAUGGCCCAGAUGUUGGGGUACGGUAGAUCCAAGGAAUUGCAGAUCGAAUUAGAAUUGCUGAAGAAGGAAAAUCAGGAACUGAAACGUAAAAUUCUUUUGCCUGAGCGAAAGGCACUCAAGAGGUGA